UCAAAUCAACUUGUUCAGAUUUUCUCUGAUAGCAAUGAUCGAAAUACUAAAAUAUCACUUUACUCUCUGUUUUAUACUAUCUGAAGUUUUUUUAUAUGUAACUCUUUUUCAUAAUAUCUAUAUGAAUGAGCAGUAGAGGCGUUUUCGAAAUUAAUUCCAAGUGGACUCCAAAUGCUGUUAAAGUAGUUUAGACUUCCGACAAAGAUCAACAACUGACAAACAUGGCAGCUCCUGGCAACACUGCCAUGAGCGGCCACACAUUAGAUAAAGUAACCAAAGCAAAAGUUACAAUCGAAACUUUUUAUUCCAAUUUAAUGAAUCAACAACUUGAACGAGAGGAAAGGAUGAGUUUACUGGAAAAGACCAUGAACAAUGAAGAAUUACCAACUGAUGAGAGAGAUCGUCGUCGUGAACAACAUGCUCUGAAGGAGACAGAGUUUUUGAGACUCAAACGCACGCGACUUGGUUUGGGUGAUUUUGAAAUGCUGAAAGUCAUUGGACGAGGUGCAUUUGGAGAGGUUCACUUGGUCCAAAAAAAAGACACUGGACAUAUUUAUGCAAUGAAAAUGCUGCGAAAAAAAGACAUGAUGGAUAAAGAACAAGUUGCACAUGUUCGAGCUGAACGUGAUAUUCUAGUUCAGGCAGAAAAUCCGUUCGUGAAAAUGUUUUACUCAUUUCAAGAUACAUAUAACCUGUAUUUAAUCAUGGAAUUUCUUCCUGGAGGUGACAUGAUGACCCUUCUCAUGAAGUAUGACACUUUAACAGAGGAACAAACACAAUUCUAUGUGGCAGAAGCAAUUCUCGCAAUUGAUUCAAUACAUCAAUUAGAUUUUAUUCACAGAGACAUUAAACCGGAUAACCUUUUACUUGACGAUAGAGGACAUGUCAAAUUAUCAGACUUUGGUCUUUGCACAGGAUUGAAAAAAGCCCACAGCACUGAUUACUACAGGGAUUUGUCAAGAGCAGAACCCAGAGACUUUGCAUCAAAGCCUCUUAGUUUGCACGAUUCACGAAGAAAAGCUGAAACGUGGAAAAGUAAACGACGUCAACUCGCUUAUUCUACUGUCGGUACACCAGACUAUAUUGCUCCCGAAGUAUUUCAUCAAGCCGGAUACACGAAAACUUGUGACUGGUGGUCAUUAGGCGUUAUUAUGUAUGAGUGCCUUAUAGGAUAUCCUCCAUUUUGUUCUGAAAGUCCUCAAGAAACAUAUCACAAAGUUAUGCACUGGCAAACUCAUCUUGUAUUUCCACCUGAACUUCCAAUAUCUGAUAUCGCUCGUGAUUUGAUUUUAUCUCUCUGUGCUGAGGCUGACAGACGUCUUGGUAUUGAUGGAGUUCAAACAAUAAGGAAUCACAAAUUUUUCAGGGGUGUUGACUGGGAGCAUAUACGCGAUAGACCAGCUGCUAUUCCUGUACAAGUUAAAAGUCUCACAGAUACUUCUAAUUUUGAUGAAUUUCCAGAUUCUGAUAUUAAACCAGAACAACUACAACAACAAGGUAAAGAAAUGGACGAAUCUAAAGACUGGGUUUUCAUCAAUUACACAUAUAAAAGGUUUGAAGGUCUGACACAACGCGGACUAUUACCUAAUCGAUAAAACUGUUUUAGCAUUUUUAUACUCCUUCAUAAUAUUCUGCAUUUUAGUUCUAUUAUUCAUCUAAAUUUUCCUUUCCCAUAAAUCAUUAACUGAAGAAGAAAUUUUCUCUGGACCGAAUACUGAACUGAAAAUCAGAAGCUCAAACUGUCUUUUUGUUGGAAAACUCCAGGGGGGUGAAAAGUCUAUAUAUCCCAGUCCUAUACAUUAGAGAUUAUAUGAACAUAUUAUUGAAUUGUAUGGGUGGAUACCGUCUACAGACGAUAUUUGUUGAGGUGUAAUCCCUAACACCCCUUGAUAAGUUCAUUUUUUAAGUUCCAGGAAUUUCAAUAUGCUCUUAUAACACGAAUACAACAUCUUUUGGCAUUUAUGUCGCUAUCAAAAUCAUUGUCUGAAAAUUUUCUUAUAUUAACUGUGGAAUGAUGAUUUUGAAAUAUUUCACUCCACUUUUUUCAAUCUGAAGUUUCAGUAAUAACGGCUUGCAAAAUUGCCCAUGUUGCAGAUACAAAUGUAUUGGUUCAUUUGUAAAAUAAACGGUACUGUGGUUCAUGCUAUCUAGGUUUUCGACAUUUCUGUGGUGUUUUCAUGAAUGUGAAUCUCUUGAAUGUGCUUUCUUCGAGUAUCCUGCACGGGAAUUGCACUCGAUACUUUGAUGUUUUGUAUAUUGUAGCAUUCCACUGUCUGUGUGUGGUCGUAGUAGACGUAAGUUACUUUGACAUGUUAUUGUUUCACCUUUGUUUGCAUCAAACACUCAAAAACCCACACAUGAUAAUCAGCCUGAUUCAUAUUUUAACUCAUGCUCGAAAGUUUUUAAUUAAGAUAUAUCAGAAAUACAAUUUUGGAAGACACUUAUUAACCAAAGUGUGGUCAUGUGCUUUGAUUCUGAGGAUUUAGUCAUCCAAAGAUCAUGCUGUCCUAUGAUUUAUCACUGCCGUACAUGGUAGUUUUAGGAUUCUCUGUUUAAAAUUUAUUUUUGAGUGCAGGUAUGUUACAGAUAAAUCGAAUCUACUAAAUAUCUUCGAAAUCUUUUCGUGUAGGGUUUUAUUUUUAUUAAAAGCAUUUAUACUGCCACAUACACUGCUAAAACAUGUUAUGCAAUGUUGAUGGUAUAUUAACCAGCUACCCUCAGCUAGUCAUUUCACAUAAAAUAGUUAAUGAAUUGAGAAAGCACUGGGAAUUAUGCACUUCAUUUGUGACCAAUCAGAACAUCAAUUGUUUAUGAUUAAAAAAACAGCUAAUGACCAGUGUCAGGAUAUGAGAAAUAUAAGUUUUAUAUACCAUGCACUGCGAAAUGGUGUUUUGUUAGGAGCUGUGCUAUCUUAUUUUUUCUUUAUAAGGACAAUCUAUAUAUCAUUAUUUAGUUUCUAAAUCAAAUACCGAUUCAUUGUAGUUAUCUUAUACUUUUGGUAUUGUGAAUAAAAUUAGCACUUCAAUGUUUGCUGUA